CAAGAAGCCACAGCCCCUCCGGAAGCGAUGGCACAGCCCUACCCCCCUGCCCAGUACCCUGCGCCACAGAACGGAAUCCCAGCGGAAUAUGCUCCAGCGCACCCGCACGCUACUCAGGACUAUGCUGGACAGACCACAGUACCAGAGCACGCCAUGACAAUUUACACACCAACACAGACGCAUUCCGACCAGCCUUGCACUGAUGCAAACACACAGUCCUUAACAGGCACAUCUACAGUACCGCAGACAGAUGAAGCCGCACAGACAGAUUCGUCACAGCAGCUACAGUCAUCAGAGACCACAGAGAAACAGCAGCCCAAAAGGUUACAUGUCUCCAACAUUCCCUUCCGAUUCAGAGACCCUGACCUGCGACAAAUGUUUGGGCAAUUUGGAAAAAUUUUAGACGUUGAAAUAAUUUUUAAUGAGCGGGGAUCUAAGGGAUUUGGUUUCGUAACUUUUGAAACCAGUGCUGACGCGGACAGGGCACGGGAGAAAUUAAAUGGAACAAUCGUAGAAGGUCGUAAAAUAGAGGUAAACAAUGCAACAGCGAGAGUAAUGACGAACAAAAAGACCCCCAAUCAAUACACAAAUGGCUGGAAAUUAAAUCCAGUCGUCGGAGCUGUCUAUGGCCCAGAGUUUUAUGCAGUGACUGGUUUUCCAUACCCUGGAGCUGGAGCAGCUGUGGCCUACAGAGGAGCUCAUUUACGGGGGCGAGGUCGCGCUGUUUACAACACCUUCCGCGCUGCACCCCCACCACCACCGAUCCCUACAUAUGGAGCAGUUGUUUACCAGGAUGGGUUUUAUGGGGCAGAAAUUUACGGAGGCUACGCAGCAUACAGAUAUGCCCAGCCUGCUGCAGCUGCUGCCGCCGCAGCAUACAGUGACAGUUAUGGCAGAGUCUAUGCAGCAGCUGACCCCUACCAUCACACUAUUGCACCAGCUGCAACAUACAGCGUUGGGACCAUGGCUAGCCUGUACAGAGGAGGUUACAGUCGCUUCACCCCGUACUAG